AUGACCUUCAAGAGCCACAUGGAAAGCCUUGCAAAAAAAGCUUCGCAGAAACCCGCAUCUUUCAAGAGGAUCAGUUGUCUGCAUGAUGGCAAAGGAAAGGAGCUCCUUUACAAGGCUCAAAUUCGAUCAACACUGGAAUACUCAUGUCUUUCCAGGGGAGGAGCAAACACCACACACCUCGGUAUUCUCGACAAAAUACAAGAAAGAGCGAAGAGAAUCAUCAAAGAUAGGACAUUGGACCUCCCACUAAACCUAGACAGCCUUCAACAACGGAGAGACGUAGCUGGCUUGACGACGAUGUAUUGCAUUCAUCGCCAAGAAGUCCCUCACUUGCAACCAGUGAGACUGCCAGGAAGGCGAGCUGUGCGCGCCACAAGAGGAGUGGAACAAGCACCUGCAGCUCUGGAUGAGCCUCGUUGUUGUACAGCACACUACCAGCGACAGUGGAAUGAGUUCAUUGGAAUUUUUGAUGCUGCAGCUUACUCCUUACAAAGUUUCAAAU